ACAGGGGAGGAUUCCUUAAAGCAAGCAUUGUCCUUAAAGGAAGAAGGCAAUGCACUGGUGAAAAAGGGGGAGCAUAGAAAGGCGAUUGAGAAGUACAGCCAGAGCCUCAAGCUUAACUCUGCAGAAGUCACGACUUACACAAACAGGGCGCUCUGUUACCUCUCUCUGAAGAUGAACAAGGAGGCGGUAAGAGACUGUUUGGAUGCCCUCCGACUGGAUCCCAAUAACGUCAAGGCUCUAUACAGGCGAGCACAGGCACACAAGGAGCUGAAAGACUACAAAGCUUGUGUUGAAGACCUUAACACCCUGCUGAAAAUUGAACCGAAGAAUACAGCUGCACAGAAAUUAAAACUGGAAGUACAGAAGAUGAAGUAACUUCAGUGCUUCUGGGCCCCAAUUCUUUGAUUUAAACAGGGUUUUUAAAGUGCCCUUAUUUUGCCCUUGUUUAGUUCAUCUUUCUGUGGUAUUUAAUCACAUUAAAUAUGUCUAGUUUUUUUUGUAGUAUUUUGUAAGUUUUUACUUGUUCUGCAGCAAGGCUGGAAAUCUAUGCACUGUAAAUUUAAGCUUUGUCUAUUUAUAAUAUUACAACAGAAUGGACACAUGCAGACAUUUGGAGUUUCAGCGUUUUCAAAAUUGCAUUACAUGAAUCAGAAUUUUAAACAUUAAGUUUAGUGUUGAAUGACCAUUUCCAAAUUAAGCCACUGUUAAAAUUGUGUACAUAUUACGAGUUCUGUUUCAUGAUGGAAAUAACUUUCAUAACUUGUAAGGAUAGUUAAUUAGCUGUUUUGUUUGGAAAAGUCUUAUUUUCCAAUGCCUCUCACCCUUUAGGGUAAAGUAAAUUGCUUUCCGUAUUUUAUUUCGCUUAGUUGUAAGAACUCUCCUCAGGGUUUGAAAACAUUUGUACAGCUUGCAUCAAAAACAGACCGAAGAUACUCCUUUUGGCAGAGAAGAUUAGUAAAGAUGGGCAGUUUAAUUACAGGUAAUUCCAGAUUGUUUUGGGGCAGUGUAACUGAAACAAACCUGGAGUAGGCGUUGCCUCAGGACCCUGUGUUGUGUUUAAGGGAAUCAGUGUUGCUAACACAGAGACUCACGCACAUUAAUGUGGCACCAGCUACUAAAUAUGAGAGAGUGUAAGGAUACAGUACGUGUGUGGGUACUUCAUAUCACUGUUUCUCAAUCCAGUCCUUAGGGACCUGCACACAGUCCACGUUUUUGCUACUGGGAGCUGGGAGGGAGCAAAAAUGUAGUCUGUAGUCCCCCAAGGACUGGGUUAGGAAACACUGCUAGAUUGAUUCAAUUUUUUGUUUCACUAGUGAGGCUGUGAUGCAUUUUGAAGGUGAAACCCACACAAUGACCUGCUAUGAAUGACGAGCCUCUUUAUUAUUAUUUUUUUGGAAAUAUCUCAGCCUCUUACAUAUGAAACAUGCUGCUGAUUUUUGUCUGUCAGUUGACCUGAGGGCUACCAGUCAUGUCUGUAGCACCAGGAAAGGAAAGUACUUGUAUAUCGCUUGAUUGUGAAUGAAGAUGUUCUAGCGUCUGGCUUUGUGGUUUUCACUUUAACUGAUUCCUGCGUGUAAAGUAUCUGGCUGUAUAAAUGGGGAAGUUGUAACUCCAUGGAUUAAAAGAAUUAGAGAUGCAAAUAAAUAUUUGAUGUUAUUGCUUAAGUAAA